CGGCCGGGACUGCUUCCGUCCGCAGCGCCCUGCCGGAGCAGGGUGUGAGGAAACGCUCCUCCAGCUGCCGAGGUAUUCCGCGCCGCGCCAGCAGCCUGCAGCGGGCGGCGGUGCAAACAUGAAUGUUGGAGUUGCCCACAGUGAGGUGAAUCCAAAUACUCGGGUAAUGAACAGCCGGGGUAUGUGGCUGACAUAUGCGUUAGGAGUUGGCUUGCUUCAUAUUGUCUUACUCAGCAUUCCUUUCUUCAGUGUUCCUGUUGCUUGGACUUUAACAAAUAUUAUACAUAAUCUGGGGAUGUAUGUGUUUUUACAUGCAGUGAAAGGAACACCUUUUGAAACUCCUGACCAGGGUAAAGCAAGACUUCUAACUCAUUGGGAACAACUGGACUAUGGAGUACAGUUUACAUCUUCACGGAAAUUUUUCACAAUUUCACCAAUAAUUCUAUAUUUUCUGGCAAGUUUCUAUACGAAGUAUGAUCCAACUCACUUCAUCCUAAACACAGCGUCUCUCCUGAGUGUGCUUAUUCCCAAAAUGCCACAACUACAUGGUGUUCGGAUCUUUGGAAUUAAUAAGUAUUGAAAGGUUUUAAAACUGAACAAAAAAUUUUUACAGCUACUGAGUUUCCGAUAAGGAAGGAGUAGUUAGUAAACUGCACUGUUUCUGUGAUAAUGUGAAAUGGAGGUAUUUGCAUUGAGAGGCCAGUUGCUGGUUUUUCAUAUGCUGUCUUGAAGUGCAGAAUUCUAAAAGAUGCCUCUGUUUAAAGCAUCUGGUACAUUUCUGAAGAGAGGCUUUAUUGGCAAGCUGGGCAGGCCCAGCUUAUAAAUUAAUGGCAAUACAGUGAGGGUGUAGUAGAUAAAUCCAAGGAAAUAGAAGAUUUGUAAGCAAAUAGGACCAACUUAACGUACAGUGAAUGGGCAUUAGGUUAUGAAAAGACAAUUUCCAAUCAGUCACAGACAGUUUAAGGAGGCUUACAUGUGAAUGAGAAUCAUCUCUAUACAUGUUUAUUAUAGGUUGUUUUUAUUACCAUACGUGUUCCUCGUAUAUGAGGAUUUAUGCCCUCUUGUUUCUAUAAGCCAGUUCCUACCUUAUAAGUAUGCUUUUUGGUUUUGCUGGCUAAAUAUUGUGUGUUGAUAGAUAAGGUCAGUUUUGCAUACAUUACAGAAUUUGUGAAAGUCCUCUUUCGUGAGUGGGGAUAGAAGAUACCAGGUAUCUUACAAGCAGCCUCUGAGUCAGCAUUCUAAUUUUGGAACAAAGUGGGUUUUACUGCUUUUCUAGAUACAAAGCUGCUAAACCGAUUAAGAAAAUAAUUUAUUUCAGCAGUUAAAGUAUAUAGUAGUUUAAAAGGGUCUACUUGGAUUGAGCAACCUAAUUGGUAAAGCCAUCAUUCUUUAGAAAAGAAAAUAUAAAAUAACUAUGUAGCCCCCUGUGGUUGCAGAAAAUGCUUCUCUAGCAAUAGUACCAAAGGAAGCAAUAGAGUCCUUUUUUUUAGCAAAUCUGCAGUAAAAGAUAACGUCGUCUUUUUUUAUUCCUCCUGCUGUCAAGUUUCAUAGUUUCCCAUUAAUAUUUUGCCUUUAAAAAUGUGGGUUUUAGUGUAGACGUUACCAAAGGGUAACUAUUUCCAGAGCAAUGACCAUGUUAAAUUUUUAUGACUUAAGGAAGCUUCCUCUGGUUGUUAAUCUUAAUUGCAAGAAAUAACUAUAUACUACUUGGAAAAGUAAACACAUCCAAAAAACAAAGUUCUGACAUAGAAUGAUCAUAAAAUUCAGUAACAUUUAUAAACAAAAUUGAGUGAAAAGAGUUGUAGACCAACUUAAAAGUCAAUUUGUGUCAAUAAACUUAGGAAUAGCGAUCAUUGUUUUGUAUUUCAAAAGUAUAGAGCUUAGAAAUCACUUGUAUGAUACAAAGUUGCCUUUGUACGUUUGUCUUUUCCCAUGUAUUUUUAAAUAAUUGGUAAUCUAUACUUUAAUAAAAUUUUUCUUUGGUGUAAGAUUAUUUCAAAAGCUUUCCAAUUCAAUCAUCUAAACUAUACUGACAUUUUUCAAGUUUUUUUUAAAGAACUGAAUUUGUAAAAUUAAAAUAACUAAAAAUA